AAGAAAUUUGACCCGCUUUUCAAUAAAAAAACCAGUGCUACAAUAAUUUUAAUUUUCUAUACCUGAUUUUGACUUACUUGUUUGACAACGUCCCUCAUUUCCAUCAAAUUAAAUACCACCAGUGGAGAUGCACUAACUUUACCUUUCCCUUUGGUUUGGGGUUUUAGAGCCAGAUCCAGAGCCAGAUGGGGUAUUGGGAUUACAUUACCACCAUAAGCGAUUCACUCAAAAACUCUUACGGAUUCACCAAAGACGCCGUCACAAACAUUGGCAGCGUCGUGAAAGAUAACUCCGGCAAGGUCUUGACUCGCUAUGGACCCGACGAGGAAACCAAGUCUAAAAUCAUCCCCUUCGCCACUAGUGUCGCCAAAUACUCAGCUGAGGAGGGUCUCAAAUUCGUCCCAGGCGGUGUUCCCACUUAUAAUGUUUUGAAAAAAUCGAUUAAUGCUUUGAAAGAAUCGGAGGGGAAUCGAAAGGCGGAAGUAAAAAACUUGGAAGAUAAGAUAGGGUUAUUGGAGAAAGAAGUGGAAAAGGUGAAGAAAUUGGUUGAGGAAAUGGAGGGUAUGAACAAAGCUGCUUCUUUGGUUAAAAGUGAGAAAACAGAGAAUGUAGUUAGAGUUUUUAUGAUGGACGAUUUCAUGGGCAUGCAAUUCUUUAAUAGUCUUUAUGUUACGCCUAAGAAAGAAGUAAAAGCAAAGAGUGAAGCUGUUUAAUAUAUUACUGAAACUGGUAUUAUUGUAUUAUAAAAUAGAAAACUUAACUGUUAUUAUCGUGGACAAGUUCAUGGUUUAUGAUUGAUAGUAACUUUUACUUGUAUUACUGUGAACCUUAGAAGUUCAUAUAUGGUUUAUGAGGUUAUUGUAGUUUUAAAAUUGGGUUUGUUGUCUUCUCUAACAAAUGUUAUUAGAGUUCAAAACUUAUUCUAUUUAGUUUUGUGCUCUAAAAAAUUAUAGUAAAUUGUUAAAGUUCUUAGUGCA